CCCCCAUGGACAUGCUGGACCCGGGUCUGGAUCCCGCUGCCUCGGCCACCGCCGCCGCCGCCGCCGCCAGCCACGACAAGGGACCCGAGGCCGAGGAGGGCGUCGAGCUGCAGGAAGGCGGGGACGGCCCCGGGGCAGAGGAGCAGACGGCGGUGGCCAUCGCCAGCGUCCAGCAGGCGGCGUUCGGCGACCACAACAUCCAGUACCAGUUCCGCACAGAGAAUAAUGGAGGACAGGUGACAUACCGCGUAGUCCAGGUGACUGAUGGUCAGCUGGACGGCCAGGGCGACGCGGCUGGCGCCGUCAGCGUCGUGUCCACCGCUGCCUUCGCGGGGGGGCAGCAGGCUGUGACCCAGGUGGGUGUGGACGGGGCAGCCCAGCGCCCUGGCCCCACCGCUGCCUCUGUGCCCUCGGGUCCCGCAGCACCCUUCCCGCUGGCUGUAAUCCAAAAUCCCUUCAGCAAUGGUGGCAGCCCAGCAGCUGAGGCUGUCAGCGGAGAGGCACGGUUUGCCUAUUUCCCAGCAUCCAGUGUGGGAGAUACCACAGCUGUGUCCGUACAGACCACAGACCAGAGUUUGCAGGCCGGAGGACAGUUCUAUGUCAUGAUGACACCCCAGGAUGUGCUCCAGACAGGGACACAGAGGACGAUUGCACCCCGGACACACCCCUAUUCUCCAAAAAUCGAUGGAACCAGAACACCCCGGGAUGAGAGAAGGAGAGCUCAGCACAAUGAAGUGGAGCGGAGGCGGAGGGAUAAGAUCAACAACUGGAUCGUCCAGCUUUCAAAAAUCAUUCCAGAUUGUAAUGCAGACAACAGUAAAACGGGAGCGAGUAAAGGGGGCAUCCUGUCGAAGGCCUGUGAUUACAUCCGGGAGCUACGCCAGACCAACCAGCGCAUGCAGGAAACCUUCAAGGAGGCUGAGCGGCUGCAGAUGGACAAUGAGCUCCUAAGGCAGCAGAUUGAGGAGCUGAAGAAUGAGAAUGCCCUGCUUCGAGCCCAGCUACAGCAGCACAACCUGGAGAUGGUGGGCGAGAGCACCCGGCAGUGAUGCCCGCCUAGCCCUGCCUCCACAGUGCAGCUGCCGCUGGUCCUGCUGCCCUUCCCCCAGCCCUUAGCACAGAGAGGGACAGAUGCCCCUCCCCCAGCUGCGUUUUUUUAUAGUAGAUUUUUAACAAAAAUGAGGAGACAUAAUGCAUUUCUGUGGAAACAUUGCCCACCGCCCUCCUCUGUGCGGAAAUGAUUCCUCACCUGCCCGUCUGUCCAUCAGUCUCCCUUCUCGGCCCUCACCAGGCCUGGCUCUUCUUGUGGGCUCACUGGGAGGCACGAGGGAGGAGGACAGAGGCCCCACUGCCCACUGCCUCCUUGGUCUCUAGAGGUACUGAGACAGGGUGCUUAUGGGAAGGAGGGCACUUUGGGGGGCCUUCCCCAGGGCCUGGACCUAUGCAGGGAGGCCACAUCCCCCACCCCUCUCGUUUCUGGAUCCCUGCUCCCCUCUGGGUAUGUGUGUGUGCGCGCGUGGGCGAGUGUGUGUGUGUGUGUUUUAAUUUUCUUUAUGGAAAAAUGGACGACAAAAAAAAAAUAGAGAGAGAGGUAUUUAACUGCAAUAAACUGGCCCUAUGUGGCCCCCGCCUUG